AAGAAAGAGUGACCUUGAGGUGUGCUCCCCCACAGCCUUGGCAUUCGGAUGUGGACUUCGACGACGGAGACCGCGCUGAAAUCAUACAGGCCUUCGUCGCGCUCCAGGACAUCUCAGAGACACAUGGGCCCACCCAGGCCAAACCGGACCCGGAUGAGCUCAAGAGGGAGUCGUUGACGCUGGAAGCAGGGGCAUUGGCACUUAUGGCCGGCCAUGCGUACCAUCGGGGCGCCGGGAACAUGUCUGCAGUGCCGCGCCGGCUGCUGCACUUUGCAUUCAUGGCCCCAGGCCCGCCUCCUGUUGGCUUCACCUACCACUUGGUAAACGAAUUGGUCCAGUCACCGGUCACGCUGGACCAGUUCCCUUUGGAUCUCGGGUGGCGCGGCUUUAAAGGCUCGAGAUACACUACUAGUAUCCCGCGUGGCAGCAACAACACCAUGUGCUCCGUUCCAUGGUGGGACGACAAGGCGGGGUGUGCCUCUCACGCUGGAAAGGAUGAUGGCGUCUUGGAAGCUCUCGCUAAUUGGGCAGGUGACGCUCCGCGAAAAUGGUUCCUCAUCGCCGGGGCGAUGGAUCCUCCGACCGGUAGUGGAGCCACAUCCAGGGUCAGAAACAGUGGAGACUGUGGACAGAGGAGCGGGAAAUUCCUUGAGGGCAUUGAGUUAGACUUCCGCCACAUGACCAGGGCCGUUGGACGCGACUUGUACAACAGAGUUCACGACAUGAGGCUCAAGCUGCAUGAGGCCAAGUCAAGGAUUUGCGAUUUCUUCGACGAGUGCAAGAAGCGGGAGUGCAUCCCAAUGCUGUAUUACACUGGUCACGGCGCAGAAGGCUCUGGCAACUGGUGUUUCCAGGAUGGGUGCCUAAGCUUCUCCGACGUCUGUGAGCUGCUGCCAGUCGGAACAGAACAUCUGUGGAUUCUCGCUGACUGUUGCUUCUCUGGCCACUGGGCGAAUCAGGCCAGAAACAUGUGCGACAAGAAAGUCGAAGUGGUUGCAGCAGUGCCAUACUUCAUGACCGCCCUUGACACCGAGCAUGGCGGGGAAUUCACGAUGUACAUCACCGGGAACAAGCGUGCCAACGACUUGAAACGGCCCGUUGUUUGCAGCACAAGGUCUGUCAAGGAUUUCCCAUUGCCGCCUCUGAUUCGGUCGUACUCUUACACUCAGCGCAUCAAGGGUGAAACCUCCUUCGGAAAUCGGUUCGUGAUGGCACAGCACUUUCAUGAAGACUGCUGCUCGAUGUUCUUUGCCAGGAUCCCCGGCUACGAUGCGGGCACGGGAUCUGCAAAAUGGUGCAUAAUGUCCACCUACAGCAGCCUCAGAACCUGGCUAGAAGAAGACUGCUGGUCUAAAGGGUUGAAUGUUAUGCAUAUCUCGUGCAGCGGCCAUCGCUUCGGUGCCUACGCCUCACAGGGCUUUGGAUCUAGGCAGCAGAUCUUUGCUGGCACCUUUGAACAUAUCAAGAGUUGUUUCGAGAACAACAAGUGGAACGAUGGAUGGAGUAUCACUUCUCUCUGUCCUGGAAUUGAGCACGACUGGGUGGCCGUCGUCACCCAAUGUCAAGGAGACUACCUCUACGGAGAUUCCAAGGGUUCUCAGUCGCUCCGCAAGGCAUCCAGCUGGGUGGAAUUGAGGGCCCAGAUUGGUGAGGAGUGGAAAGAACGGAGAAAUAUUACCAAUCUCGCGGUUGCCAACGAUACUUGGAUACUGGCUGCUCAGGCGAGUCCUCGAAGCCAAAAGUAUCGUAGGGGGCCGAAGGACGGCAGCUUCCCAAACGUCAGGCAACAUUUCUGGGACAAAGGUUUCGAUGUCACUCUGCUGCUGAAGGAUCCAUCUGACACCAGAUGGCUCUUGUUUGGCACGGGGGGUCUCAAGGCCGUAAAUCGCGGCUACUGCACACAAGUUGCACAGAUUUAA